AAACAUAAACAACAACAAAUUCCAAAUUCUAAAAAAUGGUUGCAAGAGUCUGCUUAGUUUAUUCUUAAUAUUCCUGAUAUGAUUUCGUAAUGUAUUUGUUACUAGGUGCCACUGGUGUCGGGAAGACUCUACUUUUACGGAAAAUAAAAAAUUUCUAUACCAAAGAUGAAUCUGAAAAGUCAAUGUCAACAAUACCAACAGUUGGGACGAAUAUCGUAAAAGUGAGUGUUGACAAAAAACGAGAAGGUUCUGUACGCGAGGUCGGUGGUGCAAUGGGACCAAUCUGGUUCAAAUACUAUAGCGAAUGCCAUGCAGUGAUGUUUGUGAUUGAUGUUGCAAAUCCUUGUCAAGUUUCAUCGUCGUGUAUACAGCUUUUAACUGUUCUCUCCCACAAAGAGUUACAGCAGAAACCAUUUAUCAUCAUCUUUAAUAGAAGUGACAUCCCAUCUCAAGUGAAGCCUUGCAAUAUUAAACAGCUCAUGCGAUUGGAUGAUGUAAUUCAGGCUGCUAAGCAACCUAUCAAAGUUGUUGAUGUAAGUGCCAGGCAGGAAGAAAAUUUAACAGAGAUCAUGCAAUGGAUGAUAACUAGGUGGGAAAAGAUUACUUGUUAA